GCUUGAUUUACCAUACACCCCCCUGAGCCUCAGUCUCAAGGUUCUUCCUACAACAUCCUUCCUUCCUUCCUUCCACAAAUUUUUUCUUCUCACUUCACUGAUCCCUUUUCAUUCUUUCAUUGCAACUCCUACACGUCUACAUCUGCGUCUGCGACAUUUACCAAUUACCCUCUCUAAAAGUUCGAUCCACAAUCAUGGCCUGGGGAAGAUCAACACCGAAGCCUCCCCCACCAGCCCAAUCAGCUUUUGUGUAAAUAUCCACAACGUGUUUUUGCGGAGAAAUUUGCUAACAAUCGCGCCAGCAAAUCGCUCCCUCUUAUCUUCUUCCUGAUCUUUUUGGCCAUAUGCGCCUUCAUCGGCUAUCAAAUCUAUCUUUCCGUCCAAAAUAUCUCCCAUGCCGCCUCGGACAAGAUGCAAUCUAAGAAUGUCGUAUUUACAAAGGACGGAGUGAAGGUCGGUGUCAAGGAAGUGAAGAACGAGAACUACGUAGACAACACACAGAGCUUUAUGGUGAAGGCGUGGAAUUUGAGCACAUUAUCUGGGUCAAAGGAUCGCAUACAGGAUAAAAGGACCGAAUCCAGGAUGCCGUAAGUAAUUUGAUUCUAUUCAUUCUUUAGAUCAGACCCUCCGCCUUCCCCCUCAUGCGCAUUGCAAAGCGCAAUCGAUUUGGGGCACUGGAAGCUGCGCAUGCGAUC